UUGCGAUUUGUGGCCAGAAUUGGGGCUAAACUGAGACCAGAAUUGAGUUCUCUAUACGAAGGCAUUGAAGACAUCUCCAGACUAACAGUUGUCGACAACUUUGUCGAUGAAAUCAAUACUAAACUAUAUGUUGAGUCCGACAAACAAAGCUCUUAUUACUCACAAUUGGAUUCGCAUUUGUCUCGAAACAAGUAUUUGUCGGCAAUUAGCCCAUCGAUUGCCGAUCUCUUGCUCUUCAGUCGAUUGAACCACAGAUCAGACAAACGAAAACUGUCGACUAAUUUGGAGAAAUGGUUUCAAUCGAUGAGACAAUUCAUUGGCGCUAAUUCCGCGAAGCCGUCGGAGCCGUGGUGUUGGUACUGCAACCGCGAGUUCGAUGACGAGAAGAUACUGAUCCAACACCAGAAGGCAAAGCACUUCAAGUGUCACAUCUGCCACAAGAAGCUGUACACCGGACCCGGUCUGGCCAUCCAUUGCAUGCAAGUGCACAAAGAGACCAUCGAUAAGAUCCCGAACGCAUUGCCGAAUCGAAACAACGUCGACAUCGAGAUCUAUGGCAUGGAAGGCAUUCCC